AUGUCAGAUGGUUGCCGGGGCAGUGAGGUAAAUGAACAGGAGGACUUUAUGCUUGUUGCAGGGCCUCUGAUAAAGCAGCCGGUGAGAGGUUCAGGCAAUGCAGUAAAUGAUGCCUUUGACUGCAGUCAUCCCAUACCUCCAGGCUCUCGACAAUACUUUGAGUACCUCCAGAGCAGAGGGGUGACCCACUUCAACGUGCCACUGUCAUGGGUUCAACUCCUACCAACAGGCCUCUCCAGCGAGCCCCAGCAGGCCGUGGUUAGCUGUUAUCAGACCCUGCUGAAACAGCUGCUGGAGGUGGGCCUUCAGCCUCUGGUCGUUCUUCAUGGAUCCACAGUGCCAGAAGUUUUGAGAUUAAGGUAUGGAGGCUGGGAGAGCCAGGAGCUGGUCAAGAUGUUUCAGCAGUAUGCUCAGUUCGCCUUCCAGGAGUUUGGAUCACUGGCACACCUAUGGGUGACACUAAGUGACUUGGACGAUGUUCGGCAUGAUGGGCAGCCUGCAGGUGCUCCCAGUCCUCUGCAAAAUAUCCUCAAAGUCAACAACAACAUUCACCAGCUCUACCAUCAACAGUUUCCGGGCAGAGGGAGACGUCUGUCAAUUGGGUUGAGAGCUAGUGAUGUUGCAAUUCUUCCCCAGAUCAAAGGUUCAACUACAAUGGAUUUUUUGUCAGUGCACAUUGUAUAUGACUGUGCCUCUGCAUCAAACUUUGCACAGGAGCUGAGCAGUUUAAAGAUGUCCAGUGGGAAUUUGCCUAUCCUGAUAUACAAGAUGACCACUGAUGGUUGUUCAGACAGUCAAUUCCAGCUCCUUGGCAAUUUCCUACAAGUCUUGAACAACAAUGACCUGAAUAUUGUGGGAUGUGACACGGUGGACAUGUUGGGUAAGCUGGAAAUGCAGGACAUCCUAACCAGUCAUGGUGUCUCAGAGUACAACAGAAUUGCAGAAUUUAGAAACAGUUAUCAGAAUGUGUGGAAUAAAUUCGGGACCCAGACCACAACAGAACGAGAUCGUUUCCUCAAUGAAUCAUUCCCCUCUGGCUUCCAAUGGGCCACAUCCAGUGAGUCUUUCAAGGUUGAGGGAGGCUGGUUGGAAGAUGGGAAGGGACAGACCAUCUGGGACCGUUUUGGUCAUGGCGGUCUAGCCUUCGCGAAUCAGACAGCUGAUCUAGCCUGUGACAGUUACCACAAAGUGGAUUAUGAUGUCUACCUUUUGCGAGGUCUUCAGAUCAACACCUACCAAUUUUCCAUCUCCUGGGCUCGUAUUUUCCCCUCAGGCCACCGGGGCAGCCAUUCAGAGAAAGGGGCUCUCUACUAUGACAAGCUGAUCAAUGCUCUCAUAGAGUCUGGCAUACACCCUGUUGUCACUCUCUACCACUGGGAUCUGCCCCAGGCACUGCAGGACUAUGGUGGAUGGACCAAUGCUUCUAUUGUUGAAGCCUUCAAGGACUACUCAGACUUCUGCUUCUCCAGGUUUGGAGACAGAGUAAAGACCUGGAACACAUUCAGUAGCCCCUGGGUAGUGAGCCAUGCGGGCUAUGGUACUGGUGAGCAUGCCCCUGGAAUAAAAGACUAUGUGGUUGCAUCCUAUCAGGUCACUCACAAUAUGAUCAAGUCCCAUGCUGAAGCCUGGCAUGUCUACAAUGACAAGUACAGGAAGACACAAGGAGGGAAAGUAGGCAUUGCAUUGAACUCUGACUGGGCUGAGCCCAUGAACCCCUCCAGACCUGAAGAUAUAGCAGCUGCAGAUCGCUACCUGCAGUUCAUGCUGGGCUGGUUUGCACAUCCCAUAUUUGUGGAUGGAGAUUAUCCUGCAACACUCAAGACUCAGAUUGAACAGAAAAGAAAUAAGUGUCCCCUCUCUGAGCCUGCAAGACUUCCAGUUUUCACUCCUGACGAAAGCAAAAGAAUACAUGGAACAGCAGACUUUUUGGGAUUAAACCACUACACCUCUAGGUUGGUCAACAACAGUGAGGGUGGCUGCACCCCUGGUCCUCAGGGAGUAGGGGACUUCCAGGCACAUGUGGAUCCUUCAUGGUCUUCGACAGCUUCUGACUGGAUCUAUUCUGCACCUUGGGGUCUCCGAAGGCUUCUAAACUUCAUUUCCACUGAAUACUUGAAUGUUACCAAAGUGCCAAUCCAUAUCACUGGAAAUGGUAUGCCUACUGAGUACAGUGGGGACACUAUCAAUGACAGCCACCGAAUAGAGUACAUGAAGAGCUACAUCAAUGAGGCCCUGAAAGCAAUAUUCUUAGAUGGAUUGCAUGUGCAGCGAUUCACAGUCCAGUCACUCAUGGAUGGAUUUGAGGGAAAACAAGGCUACAGCCAAAGAUUUGGUCUUCACCAUGUCAACUUUGAAGAUGCAGACAGACCAAGAACCCCAAAGCAAUCUGCAUAUUUCUACUCUCAGGUUAUCAAACAAAAUGGAUUUGGUUUGCACAAAGGUGGUGUCUUUAAAGGGUCAGAGAUGCAACUCUCCCGCCGUCUAACUACUUUAUCACCCUCAGAGGUUCCGUCUAGAUCAAAGGUCGUAUGGGAGACCUUCUCACACCAGUCAAAAUUCCAGAGAAAAGUGUACCACUAUGGUACUUUCCCAGAAGGCUUCAGUUGGGGAGUAUCAUCUUCGGCUUACCAGAUUGAAGGUGGCUGGAAUGCUGAUGGGAAGGGGCCCAGUGUCUGGGAUACAUUCACCCAAAAACCUGGCAGUAUUCCUGCUAAUGCCAAUGGAGAUGUGGCCUGUGACAGCUACCACAGACUUGAAGAAGACUUCUACAUGCUUCGAGCUCUGAAGGUGAAGUCAUAUAGAUUCUCUUUGUCCUGGUCCAGGAUCUUUCCUGAUGGUCGGCGUACCUCUCUGAACCAGAAAGGUGUUGACUACUACAAUAGACUCAUUGAUGGCCUCAAGGCGAAUAACAUCACUCCCAUGGUGACACUUUACCACUGGGACCUCCCUCAAGCUUUGCAAAACCUUGGAGGCUGGGACAAUGCAGAAAUGAUAAACAUCUUUAAUGACUUUUGUGACUUUUGCUUUGCCACCUUCGGAGACAGAGUGAAAUUCUGGAUGACUUUCAAUCAGCCUCAGACAAUUGCAUGGUCAGGAUACGGACUUGGACAGAUCCCACCAAAUGUUAAGAAUCCAGGAACUGCACCAUACAAAGUUGCACACAACCUUAUAAAAGCACACGCCAAGGCUUACCACACAUAUGAUGAUAAGUACCGCAAAUUGCAAGGUGGUCUUGUAUCCAUUGCUCUCAAUUCUGAUUGGAUUGAACCUAAAGAUGUUAAUGUUCCCCGUGAAGUGGUGGCUGCCGACCGUGCUCUGCAGUUCCAACUGGGCUGGUUUGCACAUCCCAUUUUUAAGAAUGGUGACUAUCCUGAUGCAAUGAAGUGGCAAGUUGGAAACAAAAGUGAACUCCAAGGUCUUCCAGAAACAAGACUACCUUCCUUCACUGAAGAAGAAAAGAACUUCAUUAAGGGAACAGCUGACAUGUUCUGCAUAAAUCAUUAUACUACAAAGAUUGCACAGCAUGCUACAUUGAGGCUUACUCCUCAAUCUUAUGAAUACGACUUGGACUUGUCAGUAGCAGAGGAAGGAGAUUCACCAACUACUGCAAUCAGUAACCAGAGAGCUGUAGCAUGGGGUUUGAGAAGACUCCUCAACUGGAUCAAAGAGGAGUAUGGAGAUCCAGAGAUUUACAUUACCGAGAAUGGAGUAGCUACAGACAUUAAGACAACUUGGGAUGAUUCUGCCAGAGUGUUUUAUUACAAGACCUAUAUUGAUGAGGCUUUUAAAGCCUAUGACCUUGAUGGUGUGAAGGUGAAAGGAUACAUGGCAACAUCUCUCAUGGAUUCUUUUGAGUGGCUUAAUGGGUACAAAGUUGGUUUUGGGUUACACCACGUGGACUUCACUAACCCAAACCGCCCAAGGACACCUAAGUACUCAGCUCAUUUCUAUUACCAAAUUAUGAAAGACAAUGGUUUCCCUACACCAGAUGAUGAGAAGCAACUUCAUGGACAUUUCCGCAAAGAUUUUAUUUGGAGUACUGCCACGGCAUCAUACCAGAUUGAAGGGGGAUGGAGAGCAGAUGGAAAAGGUCUCAGCAUCUGGGAUAAGUUUGCUCACACUCCUCUUCGAGUGUUCAACGAUGACAAUGGGGACAUAGCCUGCAACAGUUAUCAUAAAGUAGAAGAGGACGUUGCUAUAUUGAAGCAACUCAAGGUGACCCAUUACCGUUUCUCCAUAUCCUGGCCGAGGGUGCUUCCUGAUGGCACUACCAAGCACAUUAAUGAGGCUGGACUCAACUACUACCACAGACUGGUGGAUGCACUGCUUGCUGCAAAUAUCCAACCUCAUAUAACUCUCUACCACUGGGACCUCCCACAAGCUCUGCAGGAUAUUGGGGGCUGGGAGAAUGAUACUAUCAUUUUCAAAUUCAGGGAUUAUGCUGACCUCAUUUUUAGCCGUCUUGGCCACAAAGUGAAAUUUUGGAUCACCAUUAAUGAGCCGUACAAUGUAGCCAAUGUAGGCCAUGGCUAUGGAGCAGCUGCACCAGGGAUCAGUUUUCGACCAGGCACUCUGCCCUACAUUGUGGGUCACAGCUUGCUUAAAGCUCAUGCGGAGGCCUGGCAUCUCUAUAAUGACAAGUACAGGGCCAAACAGAAAGGAAUUAUCUCCAUCACCAUCAACUCUGACUGGUCAGAACCCAGAAAUCCCUAUAAGCAGGAAGACAUUGAUGCUGCAAAACGUGUGGUGCAGUUCUACAUUGGCUGGUUUGCCCAUCCCGUAUUUAAUGGAGACUACAGCAACAUGAUGAAGACAAUCAUUCGAGAGCGAAGCUUGGCUGCUGGGCUGUCAAAAUCUCGGCUACCUGAGUUCACUCCUGAGGAGAUUAAGAGGAUUAAGGGUACCUAUGAUUAUUUUGGGUUCAACCAUUACACCACUGUUCUGGCAUUCCCUGUGGACUAUGGAAAGCUUCAGCACUAUGAUGCUGAUAGGGGUGCAGGAACAAUUGCUGAUCGUACCUGGCUGGAUUCAGGUUCAUCUUGGCUGAAGGUCUCACCGUUUGGAUUCAGGAGGAUAUUAAACUUCAUUAAGGAGGAAUAUGGAAAUCCACCUAUUAUCAUCACAGAAAAUGGCAUGUCAGAGCGUGGGCCUAUUGACCUAAAUGAUACUCACAGGAGCUACUACUAUGAAAAAUACAUCAACCAGGUGCUUAAAGCUUACUUGCUAGACAAUGUGGAUAUCCGUGGCUACACAGCUUGGUCACUGAUGGACAACCUGGAGUGGGCCACUGGCUUUUCAGAGAGAUUUGGCCUUUUCUAUGUCAAUCACUCAGACCCUAAACUGCCUCGAGUGGCCAAGACCUCUGUUACCCGCUACUCCACCAUCAUCACCUGCAACGGAUUCCCAGACCCCGCCUUGGGACCCCAUGAGUGCUUGAACCCUGUACCUGAAGGAACGAGUGCGCCGGUGACGCCCCUUCCCUCUGACAACACUGUGAGCUUCCUUGGUAUGAAUCUCUCUACCAGUGAUGCUGCGACCGGACUUAACACCACAUUUGCUCUAAUGAUUGUUGCAGUGUUUGGAGCUAUUUGUUCAUCAUAUUUCUUCUUUAAGACAAGAAAAGAUUCCAGGAAAGAGAUGUUUAAGCUAUAAACAUGAAGAGGAAAUUCUAAUUGCAAAUUUGUAGAGUUGUAAUGGAAGUCCAACAUUCACUGAACUGUCUCAGUGAAUAUCUCAGAAUCAUAUUCAUAAACGCUAUUUUAUAACAUUUCCUGCAUGUUAAUAAAGUUGGAUAUCAAAUA